GGAGGUCAGACUGGUAACCAGAGGAUUUAUUCACCUCUCCAUCACCAGUACUAAGAAGUAAGCCCAGAACAUAGUAGGUGUUCAGGGAAAACAUGGUGAAUGUUUACAUGUGAUACUUUAAUGCCAAUGCACAGGGGUGGUAGUGAAAAUCCUGAAUAGACAAAUUAAGCUUCCUCCUACCCAAGCAAGAAAUUAAAUAGGGUUGUUCAUUUGUCACCAAACAAAUAGGGAUUGUGACCUUACACACCCUUGGGGUGUACUCCAGUUCAUUCUGCUGCCCAGGGUUGAAGCCUGAGCUUCAUGAGUGACCUCACAAUGUCCAGGGUGGUGCCCGGCCCACUGCCACAGUCUCAGUCCACCAUGAUGACCACCCUGUGGCUGCUGCUCAGCUUUGCUGUCCCGCUGCUGGGUUUCUACAUUCCCAUCAGCUGUCCCAACGAGUGGUGCCAACGAGCCCUACUUUCCAACAAUGAUGUCUCUCUGUACUGCAACUCGUCUGGAGCACAGUGGUACUACCACUUCCUACAAGCUGGGACCAGCUGGCCCAUCCGCCCCCUCAGUGUUUCAAACAUAGAAGCAAUGUCUGAAAGCAGCAUUCUCAUUAAAAACCCAUUGCCGUCCCAGUCUGGCUUAUACACCUGCCGGAACAAGAAAGACAUCCAAGUGGUGCAGUAUGAGAUUGACUUCCAGGACAUUAGAACCCUGCACAUUACACACAGAGCUCUGGGCCAGAAGCCCUUGCAGAAUGAAACCCUUACUCUGGGCAGCAAGGAGAUCAUCUUCACCCACUGGGAGCCCUGGCAGGACUGUAACCGCUGUGGGGAGCCCGGGGAGCGCAAACGCCUGGGGUACUGCUACAUCCAGGAGCCUCUGGGGAACUCCGUUCCCUGCCUGCUCUACCUGGGAAAUGCUAGGCUCUCGUCCAGCCGCAUGCGACCUGAGAUGCAGAUAGAAGCCUGCCAUGUCCAGUGUGAAACAUCACAUGUGGAGAACAUUGAUUUUGACAACUUUGAGCUCAAUGAGGAGUCGGGAUCUGCAUGGCUCACCUGCUUCUUAGGAUCCAUCUAUAGGCCCAUCAUCUGGGAAGCCGACAGCAAGCCCUUGACCUGGCAGGGCCAGCUCUCUGGCCAGGACCUGAGCACCAUCCUGGACCCCGCCACUGGGGGCAGGCGACUGCAGGUCUUCCGGCCAGCCAUUUACAAGUGCUUCGUGGACCAUGAGCUGACGGCUCGCUUCAACCCCAGGUCCCAUAUGGAUCCACUGGAGGUUCUGCAGAGAGAGGAAGCUAGACAAUGGCGGGAGGCAGAAGAGGCACAGAAGGGGAAGAGCAACUAUUCCCUCUACCUGCUGCUGCUGGUGGGCACUGUGCUGAGCCUGCUCGGGAUGCUGCUCUGGCUCUUCUGCCCUUCCCGGAGUAAAACAGGUGCUUCUGGUGGAAUAAAGUGAGCCUGCCGUGCUCAGGAGACCUGGCCGCCUGUGCCAUCGUCACCUCAACUGUCCUUUCUCCAGCCUCUGCCCUGCGCCUGCUCCACACCAAACUGCGAAGGUAUAUGGGUCAGAUACCAUGUCCACAGCUAAGAGUGACUGCACUCUUCCCUGUCCCAGCUUCUGCUCUGUUAACUCAUUAGCAAUCCACAUUCCACAGAUGAGAAACUGAGGCAAGGAGACUACCUGGCUAGUAAUUGGAGGGGGAGUGGGGGCUCCAGUUCAAACCCAGGUUGCCUGGCUCACACCCCAUAUUCCUCACAAGGGAAAGAGGAGGGGUGGAAUGAGUCCAUUUGGGGGAGGAAUGUCUGGGGUUGGUAAACUAUAACCACCUUAUUCACUGCACUCUCCUAAGGACAAGGACUAAAACAGGGAUGGGAAUGGGCAACCUCAGUCCCCCGACAUCUGCACUGGUCUGCUGCCUUUCCUUGCCUGUCUUUUGCCCCAUCCUGCACCAACUGUGCCUAUGGCCUUUUGGCUUCGUUAUAUCUCUCCAAGUCAGAUGGUGCUGCCACAGGGGAGGCCUGGGACAAUGGGACACACACCACCUUUCCUGUCUUGCAGUGGAGAGAGCCCCUUCAGACCCCAAAUGGAGACAGGUCCCUCCACCGGGACAAGGGACCAGGCCUGGUCCAGGCAGCCCGCAGAAAUCACUGGGACUAACUAUUCCAGAA